AUGGAUAACAAUAACGAGAAUGAUGAGAAUCAAGAGCUUCUUAAUGAGGAAGAAGAUGAUGACUUUCCUGAAUAUGCCAAUGAAGCAAAUAAGGAACUUAAUGAAAAGGUAUGGAUAUAGGUUUUUUGAAUUUUAGAUCAAAUUAAAAAGAGGCAUCAUUCGAGAUAUCAAUUCUAAGAUUGAAGAAAAGAGUGAUAAAUUAAAAGUACUUUCAGAACACUUGAAGAACAUUCAACAAGAAUUACUUCACACUUAAGCAUUGGUAUGAAUUGAAUAAUAGUUAAGAUUGACACAAAAAAUAAAGAAAUUGAAACUGAAGACCAUUUGAANAUAAUUGGCAAAUUUGUCCUUAUUAUUCAUAAAAUAAUUAUUUAGAUCAAAACAAAUAAUAUAAUAUUAUUUAUAUGCAUUAAUUAAGAAAACGAGUUAAUAUCUUUAGCCAAAUAAAAAUAUAUGGACAUUAUCAAAUAAUUAUUUAAAUAUAUUAUCUUCUUUAUGUUUUCUUCUAUUAUAUUUCCUAUACUAUUCUAAUAUCAUUAAAUCUAUACUUUAUAUAUCAUAAUCUAUUGA